AUGUCAGAAAUUGAAGAAGCAAUUAACAGGGUUAAAGGCCGUGUUAAAGGACUCUUAAUAACUGGUCCAGAUGGAAACUCAGUCAGAUCCACAAUGACAAAAGCAGAAGACUCGAAACUCACUGGCUACAUCAAUCAGCUUGUAGAUAAAGCCAGAAGCGUUGUCAGAGACGUCAACCCAGCCAAUGACAUGACACUCUUAAGAUUCACCUUGAAAAGGCAUGAAAUCCUCGUUACCCCUGGAAGAAAUUUCCGAAUUAUUGUCUUGCAAGAAAUCAAUAAAUCUGAAGAAGGAGCCAAGCCUACCUAA